AGGUGGCGUCGUAGUUGAGCAUGUCGUGCGGAUCCAACCAGUCGUCGUCCGCCUCCUGACUCCACGCCAAUGUCAGGCAGGCGAAGAGGAGGAUGAAGAACAUCCUGGCGGGGAAAAGCAGGAUUAUUUCCCCGCUUACCUGCGACCUUUGUGGGCUUGUUCUUUUCACUCAGCUCCCCACACGUCCGUCAUGCAGCUAGCUGGCCGACAUUCAACGUCAUAAGUGUUCAAAAAAAAAAAAGUUUUUUUUAUUUAACAUUCACUUAAAAAUUAUUUAAACUGUGUGUGAAUGUUAAAUUUACGCACUUAAAACGAGAAAUAUUAUUAGGCGGUUCCUGCUAACAAUUCGCUCAUUUGUUAGUCACAACACGGAAGUGGCCUCUUCUUCUUCCGGAGCUGAUAAGUGACGUCACGCGUCGCGUCAGCGCUGUCACGCCAAAUUUCUUCUCCCUUCAAAAUACUCAUGAUGGAGGAUUAAAAUGGCCAAGAAGAAAAAAGUGCCAGUGUUUGAAACUUGUGGAAGUAUGUUGUGGGAUGGAUAAUCAACAACACAGAUCUACUAUGGCCUCCAACGACCCUGACCCCGCCGACCCCUGCGGUGACCCCCAGCCGGGUGACCUGAUCGAGAUCUUCCGACCGGCCUAUCAGCAUUGGGCGCUCUACUUGGGCGACGGUUACAUCAUCAACUUGACUCCUGUCGACGAGAGGCAGGCGGCCGCCAUGUCCAGCGUCAAGUCCGUCUUCAGCCGCAAGGCGGUGGUGCGCAUGCAGCUGCUGAAGGAGGUGGUGGGCGCCGACUGUUACCGCGUCAACAACAAGUAUGACCACACGCACACGCCGCUGGCCGUCCAUGACAUCAUCCAGCGAGCGCAGCUCCUGAUUGGCCAGGAGGUGUCCUACGACCUGCUGGGCAGCAACUGUGAGCACUUUGUCACCUUGCUGCGCUACGGCCAGGGAGUGUCCGAGCAGGCAACAAGAGCCAUGGGGGCCAUCAGUUUGGUGACGGCGGCGGCGAGCGCCUUCUCUGUCCUGGGACUGAUCAACACUCGAUCCAGGAACAGACCCUUCUGACGUCUUCUAAAGAUUCUGCUUUUACAAAUCCCCUCCGGAAGGUCACAUGUCAGGGAUCGGGAAUUAAAAAUGAAGUUACAAAAAACUUAAAAAAUCAUAGUUU